AAACUUUUCAAACACUACAAACUUUUUUCUUAAAAUAAAAACUACAACAACUAAAACAAACAUAAACUAAAAAAACAAAAACCAAUUACAAAAUGUCACGUGAAAAUUCACCACGUCAUAGUUUUAGACGGUUACCAAGAGACCAACAGUCACAGCCGCCGCCACAGCAACAACAACUAAAACAACAACAGCACCAGCAACAACAACCACCCAUUAUGGAACAUAGUGUUAGUGGUAGAGGUACCUCCUCUGGCAGUCCAGCACCCAUAUCAUCUUCGGCUUCAAAUAUAACCACCGUUCUUGAAGAUGGCAACGAUGAAAAUCCUAUGUUGCCACCUUUAACCGGUUCGGGACCAAGUAGACAACGUUCGUUAAGAGAUCGUCUUAAAGACGGUAUUACCGGCAGUUUUUCAUGGCAGUAA